AUGUGCGAAGGCGAUGCGAGCGCUUCGGCGCGCGUUCUCGCGGGAAGGGCGUUAGCUCUGGAGGGAGUGUACCGCUUCCGGGACGCCCUGCGCGACUAUGACGAGGUGUUGCGGUUGUGUGAAGUCUCGGGAUUCGCGCCGGAUCCGUACGUUUUGAACUCUAGAGGUAACGUCCACGGCUCGCUCGGAAAUUGGGACAAGGCAAAGGAUGACUACGAAAGCGCGGCGAAUCUUUUCCAAGGCGCGCGCGGCUUCAAAGUCGGCGCCUCGACGACGCAACGCCUGGACGGCGCUAUUUACGCCUUCUCCAACCUUGCCCUCGCCGAAGCUCAGCUUGGAAACGAAGAUAAAGCGCUGAAACAGCUCGAAUCUCUCGUCCGCCGCGCGCCGAACAGCGCCGACGUGCGCGCGGCGUGCGCCGCUUUAUAUUAUUCAGCGGCCCGCUUCGAAGACGCCGAAGAUGCGUGGGAACGAGCGUGUUCGCGCGAGAGUGGUUGCGCCAAAUAUCGCGAUAUCGAUUACGUCACGCGCAUACGUCGUUGGCCUCCCGUGAUGGUGGCCAAACUCGAGAAAUUUCUCGCCGUGCGUUGA